AUGCAGAUUUUUGUGAAAACCCUGACUGGGAAAACAAUCACCCUUGAGGUGGAACCCAGUGACACGAUUGAGAAUGUAAAAGCAAAAAUUCAGGAUAAGGAAGGUAUCCCUCCCGACCAGCAGCGUCUGAUCUUUGCAGGGAAGCAGCUGGAAGAUGGGCGCACGCUCUCUGACUACAACAUCCAGAAAGGUAUUGUUCUGACCCACAUGCAUGGAAGGCGCCAAGGCUUGCUACUGGGUAUUCACCGCAGGACUGAACGGCGAUUGUGUUUCUCCCCCCCCCCCCCCGUUUAUGCCAAUGGCUUCCAGAUGGUGACAAGCGGGGCCCAGAGCAAAGCCAUCAGCGACUGGCAGAUCACCAGCGUGGAGGGGCGGCUGGCCGGCCUGGGAGGAGACGACCUGCCCACUAUCGUGAUUGUGGCUCAUUACGAUUCUUUCGGCGUUGCCCCGUGGUUAAGCCACGGCGCCGACUCCAACGGCAGCGGAGUGGCAGUGCUCUUAGAACUGGCCAGGCUGUUUUCUCGCCUCUACACCUACAAACGGACCCAUGCUGGGUACAACCUGCUGUUCUUUGCAUCUGGAGGUGGCAAGUUUAACUACCAAGGGACGAAGAGGUGGUUGGAAGACAACCUGGACCACACGGAUUCCAGUUUGCUGCAGGAUAAUGUGGCUUUUGUCCUCUGUUUGGACACUCUGGGCAGAGGGAACAGUCUUCUCCUCCACGUCUCAAAGCCUCCUAAAGAGGGGACCCUUCAGCAUGCCUUUCUGAAGGAGCUGGAACUGGUAGUCGCCAGCCAGUUCCCCGAAGUGAGGUUCUCCAUGGUGCACAAAAAGAUCAACCUGGCAGAAGACAUGCUGGCCUGGGAGCACGAGCGCUUCGCCAUCCGCCGCCUGCCGGCUUUCACGGUCUCCCACCUGGAGAGCCAUCGCGACGGCCCGCGCAACAGCAUCAUGGACGUGAGGGCCCGGGUGGACUCCAGAGUCCUGACACGCAACACCCGGAUCGUGGUCGAGGCCCUGACGCGGGUGAUCUACAACCUCACGGAAAAGGUCAGGCCUUCUGACCUCCAGGUCUUCACAGAGCAGAUGCAGAUCCAGCAGGAGCAGAUGGAGUCGGUGAUGGACUGGCUCACCAGCCAGCCGAGGGCCGCUCAGCUGAUGGACAAGGACGGCACUUUCAUCAGCACCCUGGAAUACUACAUGAGUCGAUACUUGAAAGACGUCAAGCAGCACCACGUGAAGGCCGACAAGCGGGAUCCGGAGUUCGUGUUCUAUGACCAGCUCAAGCAAGUGAUGAAUGCGUACAGGGUCAAGCCUGCCAUUUUCGACCUUCUCCUGGCACUCUGCAUAGCAGCCUACCUCGGCGUGGCCUACGUCGCAGUCCAGCAUUUUGGCCUCCUUUACAAGCUGGUCCAGAGGCUGUCCCUCAAAUCCAAGCAGCAGUGACCGGACCUUCCUCCCUUCAGAGCUGCGCUGUCGGAGGGAGCCCAUCGCAACCGUCUUCUCCCGCUUCGGAUGCUGCAGCCGCCCACCGGUUCUUGCUCCCCCCCUCCCCCAAUCACCACACUGGAACGGGAGAAGAGGAGCAGAUACAGAACG